AUGAUGUUAGCAAAGAGUAACUCUUUUGUAUUAUUUGUUGUAAUAGGUGACAAGCCGGAAAUUUCAGAAGGGCUGUCUGAUACCAAUUUUGAUCCAAGUUUGGAUAAUCAGCCGUCAAAUGAGGCAACGGGUUGUAGGAAUAAAAUAAAAAAGGCUGCCGGAAAUAUAUGUAAAGGUGUGAAAAAUGUUGUAUGUGCUUGCGGCACUUGCAUUGGUGAAUUGGGUUACGUUUAUUGUGCUAAUUUAAAAGAUGAUGUAGAACACAAAUUGCAACAUCUUGGUAGUAGUAGUCAUCAUCAUCAUAUUCAUCACAUUAAUACUAUGCACCGUUGUCAUUCAUGUAGCCAUCAUUAAGCAUAAGAAAGGAACCAAACGUUUUGCAGACAUAUUCAAUUGCUUAUUAAAUGCAUAUAAAUUUGCAUAAUUAAAUUGGGUCAACUUUUACUAAUUCGAAAACACAUAGUACAUGAAUUCAUAAU